AUGUUUUGGCUACGCACAUCCGUCUGCUUACUGGCGGUGUCUUUACUUCUGGCACCUAUACUUGCAGCAGUCUGUCCAGAUAGUUGCGUCUGCAACACUACGCGUGACGGCCUUCAUCGUGUAACAUGCAGCAGUUUAGCUGAACUCUACAAAUUUACUCUUCGUCAAAAGCAUCAUAACAUAAAUAUUCUUGAUCUCUCACAUAAUAACAUCACCAAGUUAAACCAUGAACUUGACCGAUUAACAGAAGUUGUAACUUUGGAUCUCUCUACAAAUGGUAUCACAGAUCUCAAGAAAUUUUUGCACAAUGCUAAGAAAUUAGUGCAUCUUAACCUAUCGAAUAAUAGGAUAAGAAAGCUCUCUCUGACACAUUUGCCGACAAGUGUUAGUUCAUUAGAUUUAACUAACAAUCUGUUGCAAGACGUACCUUCAGAAUUGGGGCAUUUAAUCAGUUUAGAACAUUUAGAACUUGAUGGUAAUCCAUUAAAAUGUUCUUGCGAAAAUAUCAUAGCACGUGAUCGUUUGUUAGCAGCAAAUGUUUUUAUAGAUAAUGUAAAAUGUGCGGGUCCUACAAGCCUACAAGGUCGCUCUUGGCUAGAGUUAAAGACAAAAGACGUUUGUAAAUCUACUAAAAUAGAAAAUAAUUAUCUGGAUAUGAUGAUGGGAGAUCAACCAAUUGAUGCAAUUAAAGUCGGAGAGGAAACAACUGCAUUAAAAUCAAUGCCUCUUGUAGCAACAAAUGACUUAGAAGAUGGCAAAGUAAUUAAGGGAAUUGAUAUAAUUGAAGAUGAUGAUAGCGAACAGUUUAUGAAAGUAGGUCACAUGGUAACAUCAUCACCUUCGACUGAUAUCGAGGGCUCUGGUGAAAGUGAAAGUACGACUAUGAGUGAUAUAAUUGAACCAAUUCAGGAUCAUAAAGUGUAUGCGAAUUUGUUAGCCACAGAUGAAAUAAUUCCCGUUAACAACUUGGAUACCACCGAUGAUCCUAUAGAAGGGUCCGGUGAAGGAUCUGGAUUUAUUAUUCCAGAAUAUGAAGAUAAUACAGAAAAAAUUAUUGAAACAACUACACCUGUUUAUGAAGAACUUAAUCCCGGGCCAGUGCAUAAAAUAUUUGAAGAAGAUUCUAGUACAGUAACUUCAGAAUUUCCCAUGCCUUUACCACCAUCAAUUUAUGAAGGAGGUGCUGAUUGGCACAGUAGAACUGAUACUGAAAUUAUCACCGAAAGUGCUGCGCCUGCAACGCCACCAAUAACACGAGAUACCACUAUUUCAGAGCAAAUUAGAGUAACACAUGCUUCAGAAGUCUUGGGUCAAGCACCAGCUAAUAAUGAAAAUGUGGUUCCGCAUAAAACGGGCACUUACGUGUGUAUAGCUCUAAUAGUUGUACUACUGGUUGGAUUAAUAGGAUUUGCUAUAAUUAAAGGUCAAAUGAGAAAACGUAGGGAUAGAAGGCUAUUAAGACAGCAAAAGAGAGACAUAGAAAAAGCAUCUAAAGAAAUGGUGGAUAUGAAUAAAUCUUUAUUAGGUAAACCUGCCCCAGUAAACAACCUCGGUGAUAAAAAAAUUAACGGAAAAUAUGAGCUAGUACCUACACAUGAAACAUUUCAAAAGAAAAGUAAUAACGGGGAUCUCGGAAAUGGCACAAAACAUGGUUCCAAGAUUGAUAGUCCUAGGGAUUCAAAUCAGAAUAAACGCAGCUCUAUUGACAAUAACUUAGUUGAAGAAAGUCAGUUACCACAACAAGAAACCUCACUCCAUUCUGAUCAUGCGUCACCUGCCUCUAGAAAAGACACAAAUUCUUUAUCCAGUGAAGAUAUAUUUGUGCCUAUAAAUGAUGAUGAUAAUCAAAGACUAAACGGUAAUGCAGAUUCAGAUAUAUCUCAACCACUUAUUAAUGGAGAUCCAAUUUCUGAUUCUGAUUUCUUGGAUCCAUCCCGUGAGUAUGUGCCCAUAUAUUCGCCAGAUAUGGGAAGGGUUCGGAUCAAAAUGACUGAGACACCGAAACCAAAAACGCCAGUACUAGUCACCAGAAGUAGGUCGAAUGCUGGAGAUAUCAUCAUUACACCUUCAGUAGAUGGAAAUAUGCUUAAAUCAACCACUUGA